AGCAAGUUCCGAAUGGGUGCAUGAAGGAGACUGAUACCGCUGAUUCCCAGUGGCAAAGGAACUGAAAAAAAGUUCUUUCACUGCUAUGGCUGAACAGGAAGGGCCAGACAAACCACCUUUAAAUGAACAGCUUAUGGCUCCCUCUGCAUCUCAGUCAGUGACGUCUCAAGAUGAUGCUACAGUGGAAACAGCAGAAGAAGCUGUUGAACCUCCAGAGGCUGACAUCAACGAGCUCUGCGGGGAUAUGUUCAGUAAAAUGGCACUUUAUCUCACAGGGGAGUUAACAGCUACCAGUGAGGACUACAAACUUCUGGAAAAUAUGAAUAAACUUACCUCUCUAAAGUAUAUGGAGAUGAAAGAUAUUGCUGGAAAUAUCAGUCGGAAUCUCAAAGACUUAAAUAAAAAGUAUGCUAGUCUACAGCCCUAUCUUGAACAAAUAAAUCAGAUUGAAGAACAGGUGGCCUCUUUGGAAAAUGCAGCCUACAAACUGGAUGCCUAUUCAAAAAGAUUGGAAGCAAAAUUCAAGAAACUAGAGAAACGGUGAGAGAACAGUUUUUAAUAGUGACUACUCAGCACUGCAAAAAGAGCAAACUCCAGUAUUACUUUGUGCAAACCACAGCCCAGUGAGCCCCUGAUUCUACACUUGUAAUAUAAACUUAAUAAAAAAAAACACAUCUGAAAA